AUGAUUUGUGGAUCAAACGGGGUCACCUCCCUAGGAGGGAUUGCAAUUUUAGUGUCGGCAAUGAUAGGUCCGGGGCUAGUUACAACUCCGAUAUUGUUUGAAACUGCGGGAUGGAUAACACCGAUGAUUAUGUUCGGUCUGGCGAUAUUGUUAGCGAGUUCAUCAUCAUUAUUACUAAUAGAAGCAUUAAGCUCGAUACCAGGAAACGAAAGAUUUCAGAAAAAGAUAGAAUAUAUAAGUUUAUUUAACAUUUUAAUUGAUAAUAGGAUGAUAAGAAUAGCGAUAGGUUUAAUUUUAUUGAUAUCAAUUGAAUCAAUGAUAAUUGCAACGAUAGCAUUAACGUCACAAUCAUUUGAUACAAUGCUAAUAAGGCUUACAGGAAAAACAUGUGGAAUUGGUAUAUAUCCUGAUAGAGGAUGGAUUUGUGUAUAUGAUUUAGGAGAUUUUAGCAGUCCUUUUGGUAAUAGAUUAAUGGCUUUUACUGGUGGUUUCAUGAUUACAUUUAUUCUCGUUAUACCGAUGGCAUUUUGCGAUUUAAGCGAAAAUGUUAAAGUACAAAUAAUAUCAUUUGUUACAAUGUUAUUAGUCGUUGUUACAUGGUCAAUUGCAUGUAUAGCGAACGGAAUAAAACCGGAUAGGAUUCCGUUGAUUGGUAGUGAUCAAAGUUUAUUGGUUGGAUCUGUAUUGUUCAAUUACGCUUUUAUAACAAAUGUCCCAAGUAUAGUCAACGAUAUGAAUCGAGAUGUAUCGAUAAGAAAAGUUAUUUGGUUAUCAGUAGGAAUAAUAACAUUGGCAUACAUUUCCAUAGGAGUGUUAGGGGCAAUGGCAUUUCAUCAUGAACUUUCUUCGAAUAUCAUAUCGGAAAUAAGUCAUUCUAAAAUACGUAAUAUUUUUACGGAUAUUGCCACCUUUUUAUUUCCGUUUGGUGGGUUACUCGCUAGUAUUCCUGUGGAUACUAUAGUUGUUCGAUAUAAUUUGGUCAGAUCCGGAAUAUGUAAUUAUCCCAUGGCAGCAUUUAUUUCGUUGAUCAUACCAUGGUGUUUAGUAUUACCAUUUCAAACGGGAUAUUGUCAUCGUAAAGCGAGAGUUUUACAAACGUUAGAAUUAGCAAGGGAGGCCGCUGCAAAUGGGAAACAUUAUCAAAAGAACAAUAACAAACAUGAUCAAAGUGCAUUAUCAUAUGAUUACACUCGUGAACCAAUCACUUUACCGCCACCACCACCAUCGCAUUCUUCCUCAUCAACUCGAGUAGAGAAAGAAUUACCAUCUUAUCAAACACAUUUAGAAAAACAUUUACAAAAACUUGAGGAACAAAAAUAUGAGAACCCUCAAUUUGAAAAGUUAAAAAGGCCAAAGAUGUAUCGUCAUAUGUCGGCAGAUGCGAUGGCAAUUGAUGAAUUACCCGAUAUUUUGAAUGAUAAGAUAAAUAAUAAUAAAGUUACGCCAAUUGAAAUAAAUGAGAAUGAGAAAAGUAUUAUACCUUCAUAUCCUUCCACUCCAAGGAGCGCUAGUACCGAUGAUGAAGAAUUUUAUCAUUUAUUCAAUUAUAGUGGUGGUAAACCUUUUAAAGCUUUUCCCGGUACGACCAAAAGUUUUGGUGUGUUCGUUUCUUAUUUGGCAAUUGGUGUUAGUUUCAUGUUAAUUGGUGGUAUUAUCGUAUAUGAUUUUAUGGGUUUGGCUAACGGUAGGAAUUAUUUUGAUUUGGACAUUAACACUUAA